AUGGUAACCAUUCGAGCCGACGAAAUUAGUAAUAUUAUUCGUGAACGUAUUGAACAAUAUAAUCGAGAAGUCACGAUUGUGAAUACCGGCACCGUACUUCAAGUAGGCGAUGGCAUUGCUCGUAUUCAUGGUCUUGAUGAAGUAAUGGCAGGGGAAUUAGUAGAAUUUGAAGAGGGUACAAUAGGCAUUGCUCUGAAUUUGGAAUCAAACAAUGUUGGCGUUGUAUUAAUGGGUGACGGUUUGAUGAUACAAGAGGGAAGUUCUGUAAAAGCAACAGGAAGAAUUGCUCAGAUACCAGUGAGUGAGGCUUAUUUGGGUCGUGUUAUAAAUGCUCUGGCUAAACCUAUUGAUGGGAGAGGUGAAAUUUCAGCUUCUGAAUCUCGGUUGAUUGAAUCUCCUGCUCCAGGUAUUAUUUCUAGACGUUCCGUAUAUGAGCCUCUUCAAACGGGGCUUAUUGCUAUUGAUUCGAUGAUCCCUAUAGGGCGCGGUCAGUGA